AUCCUCCUCCCGGUCACUUCUCGUAGCUGUUCUCAUCCACCUCCCCACGUGCACGUGCGCCUCCACCGCUAUUCCACAUGAUCCACUUUGCAGUCGCGAGUGCGGCUCCAAACUCACUGUGGGUCACACGCCUCGUGCAGCGGUAGGACGGCCCCUUCUGUGCUCUCUCCUGCCUUGCCCGAUCUCACUCUUGCAAGCCAGCCAGCUAGCCACCCAGUCAGUCAGUCUAAGCCACGCGACUCUCCCCAAGGCGGCUGCUGCUCCUUCGUCUUCGUCUCUUCAGCCUACACUUAUCUCAUUAAUCUGUACUAAUUUUCAUCAUCACAAGGACAGUGGACCAGCUGAAGAAAGAAAAGACAGAAAGAAUCGGGUAGACAACACGACCCAGCAGUGAAUCAGUGAGGAAAGUGACGUGAAUUAUUUACGCGAGAGUGAACUGGCAAGAUCUUGAAGAGGCAACCGGUGCACCAGAUCGCAGACAGAGCAAGAAAACUCGUUAACGCCAAACCGGAAAGUUAAACAGGAGAAAGGGAAACUGAGGUGCAGUAGGUAAAGGAUACUCAAAUAGAGGCGCAUCUCGGCUAGUCAGAGAGGUCGGUUUUACUUAUAAGAGAUGGACUUACUCCAAUCCCGCUUGCUGCGCGCCAUCCCCUUGGCCCUGCUGCGCAUUCUGGUGGUCACUGUGCUUCCUGAGACCGCGCAGCACAAUUAUGACGCGUCCAGCAAACUCCUCAACCAGUACGACUUUAUCAUCAUCGGUGGUGGGUCUGCGGGGUGUGUGCUGGCGGCGCGGUUAUCUGAGGUGCCUGCCUGGAAAGUGCUACUGCUGGAGGCUGGAGGCAAACCGCCCCCAGAGAGCCACAUCCCGGGACUCAACCAGCUGCUGCUUAGGGGUGACGCGGACUGGAACUUCUUCACGGAGCCACAGUCCAAUGCCUUCCAAGGGUUCGCUGACAAGCGUAUCCCGUACCCUCGAGGGUUCGCCAUCGGGGGAUCCUCAGUCAUCAACUCUAUGUUCUACGUCCGCGGCAACAGGAGGGACUAUGACAACUGGGCGAACAUGGGCAACCCAGGCUGGGACUACAAUUCCGUGGAACACUACUUCAAAAAGAUGGAGGAUUAUCGAGGCGAGACCACCCCGGAGACAGAGGCCUUCCACGGCUUCGGAGGACCCAUGGUGGUGGAGAACAAGAAGUGGCAGACGCCUGUGGUGGGAGGGUUCAUCAAGGCCGGAGAGCAGCUCGGCUACAAGCGAGUUGACCCCAGCGACCCAGACCAGAUAGGUUUCUCCGUGGUGGACUUUACUGUGAAGAAUGGCAUCAGGUGGUCCACGGCGGAGGCUUACAUCAAACCCAAUGUAUACAGACCCAACCUACACGUGGUCCUCAACGCCCACGUCACAAGGAUCAUCUUCGACAGCAACAAAAGAGCGGUUGGCGUCAGGUUCCAGCAUCAGAAGAAGAUGAAGAGCGUUUACGCAAGGCGGGAGGUGCUGCUAUCUGCCGGUGCUAUAGGCUCCCCUCACAUCCUCAUGCUCUCAGGUCUCGGUCCGGCCAAGCAUCUUCUCUCGCACGGGGUUGCCCCCUUGGUGGACAUUCCAGGGGUAGGGCAGAACCUGAACGACCACCCCUACCUGACGGGCCUCGCCUGGACCACGCGCCCCAAUUCCUCUUUCAACAUCCUCGAGACCGCACACCCCGACGUCCUCUACGACUACUUCUUCAACAGGGACGGUCGUCUGAGCGGCACCAUUUCCAUCGAGGGGUACGCGUGGCCUUUCUCUGAGGAGGGCGACCCGUACUGGCCCGAAGUGCAGAUCGGCUUCACGCCCUUCACUGUAGGCAAUGACUUCGGCCUUAUUACACAAUACAUCCUCGGUCUCGAUACUAAGUUUUACCACAAUUAUUUCCAAUCGCUGGGGCAACGGGAGGGCUUCUCCAUCGGACCCUUCCUUUGCCGCCCUAAGAGCCGAGGCACCAUCACGCUGGCUUCCUCCAACCCCAAUGAUGCGCCCAUCAUUGACGCUAACUUCUUCGACCACCCAGAUGACAUGAAAGCCUUCAUCCGUGGUAUGAAGUUCUCCCUCAAGCUUGGAUCGACGCCUGCCCUCAAAGACGAUUUCGAGGCAAAGUUCCACGACCGUAUUUUGCCAGGCUGUGAAAACUACAAGCCUCUGAGUGACGAAUACCUAGAAUGCUACGCGAGAACCCUCACAGGCACCACCUAUCAUCCCUCGGGAACCUGCAAGAUGGGUCCGAUUUCCGACAAAUACAGCGUGGUGGACUACAUGCUCAAAGUGCAUCGCGUGAAGGGGCUGCGAGUGGUGGAUGCAUCUAUCAUGCCCGUUGUCACGACCGGCAACACCAACGCGCCCGUUAUUAUGAUUGCUGAGAAGGCUGCAGACAUGAUCAAGAGUGACUGGGGGGUCCCCACGCCUUUCUACCACACGUGAACACGCCUGAGAGGUUCAAAAUCGCCUGUGAGAUGAGGUACAAGUAAACAGAUUAGGUGCUAUGAGUGUGAAGGAUUUCUGUAAUUAGUUAAGGUACAAGUAGAUAGAUAGAUUAGUUGCUGUGAGUAUGAAAAAUGUGUGUGAUGGAUUUCUGCAAUUAGUUAAGAUGCAAAGAUAUAGAACUGAUGAUGUGAGUGUGACGGGACGAUUGUGAUAGAUUUCUGUAUUUAUUUUUUACCCUUAUUAAUGAACCUGCAUAAUGCUCUUGAGGUUUUUUGUAUUUAUCUGUUUUUGUAUGGGUAUGUUUCUUAUGCUGAUGAUUUUAUUGUUCUUUUAUUAGCUUAUUGAUAUCGAUGCAUUAAAUCGUCAAUUAUUGCUUUGGAAAUGUGUGACAGCGUACAAAUAUGAUAAAUUAAAGUGUUUUGUGAGUUAUGAAUUUGCAAAAUUGAUGUAGGUUUUACUUGGUUGCAUACAUGUUCUCUAUUCUUGGUGUAAAGUAGAAAAUAUUUUGUCAGAAUAUUGCUAUUUCAUCAGUUUUAUUACUUCAUGUUUCUUGUUAUGUGAUACGUAUGUGCUGACAAGUUCGUGGAUUCAUGUGUAUGACGUUACGUGUAUGUUUGCUUGCCAUAUUUAUUGUACUUACUGAGUAUGGUGUUAACGUUGCCAAUAUUCUUUUUGUUCGUUAGUUUCAAGUUCUGGCGAUGAAAAUAAACAAGAGUUCUUUAUUAAAUGAACGUGGAACAAGCAAAAAUAAAGAACAAAGUGUAUUUGAAAAGAAACGUGCCGUCGAUCCCUUAAACAAUCUAUCAAUCAAUGAGUCAACCAAUAUUCAGAAGCCACACACCAUUAUAGUCUUAAGAGCGUGGCCAUAAGAGCUUGGCCAUGAUUACAUCCAGCGGGGCAACACCUAAAGAUCGCAAAGAUGUGUAAACAUUUUCCUACUCAGUCGUCUCAGCUCCUUCAUUUCAUUUAUAUUCGGCACAUCUACUUGAGUAGAUCACUAUUGAGUUUUAUGAUACUACAGAAAAUCGGUCUAGCUCACAUGAGAGGCAAUACAAUACAAAUAGUACAAAAAAUAAUAAUAAUCCUUCUCUAGGCAGUUGCGAUUGGAGCCUGUCUUCAUGAGAUCACUUCCUAUGAUCUUUGAUGACUAUUUCUUUAUUAAUGAAAUUUGAUAUAAAAUGCAAGGUAUACGAUUUUCUGUUAACAAGAAUAUAGCUCAAUAAACGAAGAACUCAAGUCAUAAUAUUACAAAGUUUUGCCGAGCACAAAAGUUUAAAUUAAACAGUUAAUUCAAUACAAAACAUAAGCUCUCUACAUUAAAGUUGUUAUAGUAAUUUUUCUGCCGUUUAGAACAUACCUUACUUUUCAACAACCUCGCUUCGUUCAGAGAAACUACCUGUAAAAGUAAACACUGUAUGCAUGCAACUUUUAAGUUGCAUAAUUAGCUUUUGAGGGAUUGUUUUCUCUAGAUGUGCAGACAGCAGUGUACAUAGGUUUUCUUAAAUGUUUUGUUUAAAAUUGUUUCUUCAUAAUUCAAUCUCUGAGAAUUUUUUUUUGUGAACUCGCUCCGUAGUUAUGGCUUCUAUCGUUACGGCCCUGUUCCUCCUUUAUGUGAUCUUUGUGUCUGCCAACAAUUGACUUACCUUAGCUUAAGUAAACACUGUGCCAGUCGCUAGUCGUCUACAUGAUCCCAGUAGCUUUCAAAAUAUGUCGCUGUUGUCCC